AGUGCAUACGUGGCGCUAGAGUAGCGAACAUGUCUCUCUGAAGUGGCAGAAAAAAGAAAGAACAUAUGUCUUUUACGUGGUCUUACUAUAGAAUUUGAUAAAAUGAGUUGGAUUAUUUCGUGUUUACUCUUAAUUAUAUCAAGUGUCUGUGUUAGGGCAUAUUUAAUAACGGUGGAUGCUCACGCAGAAGAAUGUUUUUUCAAUAAAGUCGAAGCUGACACCAAAAUGGGUCUAACAUUUGAAAUAGCAGAAGGUGGAUUUUUAGAUAUAGAUGUAAAGAUAAUCGGUCCCGACGGUAAAAUUAUUUAUCAGGGAGAACGAACAAGGAGCGACAAAUUCACAUUUGGGGCGCAUACUGCAGGAAUUUAUACAUAUUGUUUUAGUAAUGAAAAGAGUACAAUGACUCCGAAGGUUGUGAUGUUUAAUAUGGAGGUAAUUGAAAAUCCUAAGCCAGAAGAAGUUGCUGGCGGUGGAGCUGCAGAGGGUGAUCAUGGAAAGUUAGAUGAUAUGAUUAAAGAAUUAAGUACCAGUCUGUGGGGUGUUAAAAACGAACAAGAAUACAUGAAGGUGCGUGACAAAACUCACAGAGCAAUCAAUGAAAGCACAAAUUUCCGUGUCGUUGUAUGGUCUUUCUUUGAAGCCACGGUAUUAUUGCUCAUGACCUUAGGACAAAUUUACUAUUUGAAAAGAUUCUUCGAAGUUCGAAGAGUCGUUUAAUUUAGGUCAUUCCGCAAUAAAAUCAUCUGUUCAUUGUACAUUUUUCUAUGUAACUAAGUUAUAUAAGAUUAUAAAAUAUCAUCCUUUGGAAAAUUGUUUGUA